GCUUGGUAAAAAGGGAGCAAAAGGACACCAUUUUUGGGGAUUUAGGGUUUAUUGUGCUUUUGACUUGUAGGGGUCUUAGCGUUUGCAAACUAGCUAAAAAUGAAAGCUUUACUCCCUUCCUCUUCGCAGAUUCCUCCAUGGCUAAUCCUCUAUUGCAGACGCCAUUUAUGCAUUUCUUCAACCUCAUCUUCACUAACAAUCCAACAACCAAAAACUCCUCCGCCUCCACCUCCAGACUCAACUACCAAUUCUCUUGAUACUGACCAUUCUUGUGGCAGACCCAAUUCGGAAGAUGUUAAGUUCACCAAGAAUCAUGUCGUUGAUGUUCUUCUCAGUCACAGAGAUGACCCUGACUCAGCUUAUAGGUACUUCCAAACUGCUAGACUCCAAAGGGGUUUUCUACAUUCUAAAUCUGACCCUUUCUUUGUUCUGCUUCACAUAUUAGUGAAUUCUGCAAUGCAUCAACAUAAAUCUCGACGUUUGCUUGAUUAUUACGCUUCUAGUGACUCCGGUCCGUCUGCUACUGUUGUUUUUAAUGGUCUAGUGAAGUGUGGUAAGACUUUUGAUUUUGGGUUAAAUCCCAAGAUUUUCAAUUUCUUGGUAAGUAGUUGUAUGAAAGCUAAUCGAUUGAAUGAUGCUAUUGAUUGUUUCAAUGCGAUGUUGGAACAUGAUAUAAUGUUGUGGAUACCAAUCAUGAACAGCCUUUUAAAGAAAUUGGUGAGGCAGGGCAUGGUUGGAGUAGCGGAAGAUUUGUAUACUGAUAUAGUGUCGAGAGGAACUCAUUAUGAUUGUGGGACUGUUCAUAUUUUGAUGGAGGCUUGUCUCAGAGAAGGGAAAAUGAAGGAGGCUGUGAAGCUUUUAGAGGAGACUAAGAUGAGUGGAAUUAAGUUUGAUGCAGGAUUAUAUAGCUGUGGGGUUUAUGUUGCUUGUAAGGAGCAGAAUCUAAGUUUAGCGUUGAAGUUGUUGGAGGAGAUGAAAUGCGGGGGUUGGGUUCCUUCUGAAGGAACGUAUACAAACAUAAUUUUGGCUUGUGUGAAACAAGGGAAUAUGGUCAAGGCAUUGAGGCUCAAGGAUGAAAUGCUUAGUAAUGGCCAUCUGAUGAACUUGGUGGUUGCAACAAGUUUGAUGAAAGGGUAUCAUCUGCAGGGGAACUUAUCAAGUGCUUUGGAUUUGUUUGACAAACUGGUCGAGUAUGGACUCACUCCGAACAAGGCGACAUAUGCAGUUUUAAUAGAAGGUUGCUGUAAAAAUGGGGAUGUUGAAAAAGCAUUACUAGUUUACAGGAAAAUGAAACUUGCAGGUAUUAAGUCUAAUGCUUAUAUUGAAAAUUCGUUGAUAAAGGGAUUUUUAAAUGUGGACUUGUUAGAUGAAGCAAUGAAUGUGUUUGAUGGGGCAAUAAAUUCAGGGACGGCCAAUGUUUUCGUUUACAAUAGUAUAAUAGCAUGGUUGUGUAAGAAGGGUCAAAUGGAUAAAGCUCAAAACACAUGGGAUAAGAUGGUUGCUAAUGGAAUUUUACCUACUAUAAUUUCAUACAACAAUAUUAUUCUCGGAAAUUGCAGAAAUGGGAAUAUGGACAAAGCAUUGGAUUUCUUCUCCCAGUUGCCAGAAAGACAUUUGAAAGCUAAUGUUGUAACAUAUAGCAUUUUGAUUGACGGGUAUUUUAGAAAAGGUGAUGCUGAUAAAGCUGAGAACAUGUUUGAUCAAAUGGUCUCUUCAGGAAUUUCCCCUACUGACUACACAUUCAAUACCGUGAUCAGUGGUAUGUCUAAGGUUGGCAAAACAUCAGAGGCAAAAGAUUUGCUUAAAAGGAUUGUGGAAGGAGGAGACCUCCUUCCAACAUGCAUGUCUUACAAUAGUCUAAUCGAUGGAUUUUUGAAGGAAGAUGAUGUCAGCUCAGCUUUGUCUGUUUAUAGAGAGAUGUGCAAUAGUGGUAUUUCCCCAGAUGUUGUCACUUACACAACUUUGAUUGAUGGGUUAUGCAAAAGCAAUAACAUAAAUCUAGCUCUAAAACUGCUGAAGGAGAUGAGAAAUAAAGAAAUUAAGUUAGAUGUCAUUGCAUACGCUGUUCUUAUAGAUGGGUUUUGCAAAAGAAGAGAUAUGAAAAGUGCUUCUGAACUUUUUGAUGAAAUUCUUCAAGUUGGUAUCUCUCCUAACCUAUUUGUUUAUAAUAGCAUGAUGAGUGGGUUUAUAAAUGUAAAUAAUAUGGAAGCAGCACUAGUCUUGCGUGAUAAGAUGAUCAAUGAAGGCGUUCCAUGUGAUCUGAAAACAUACACCACAUUGAUUGAUGGGCUUUUGAAGGAUGGAAAAAUAGAUCUGGCGUCUCAUUUGUUUACUGAGAUGCUUGGAAAGGGUAUAAUGCCUGAUGACAUCACAUAUACUGUUCUUGUACAUGGUCUUUCCAAUAAAGGCCAGGUUGAGAAUGCACACAAAAUCUUAGAGGAGAUGUAUAAAAAGAGUAUGACUCCUAGUGUUCUGAUUUAUAAUACACUAAUUGCUGGAUACUUCAAGGAGGGAAAUUUGCAAGAGGCAUUUAGGUUGCAUGAUGAGAUGCUUGACAAAGGUCUUAAGCCCGAUGAUGCGACCUAUGAUAUUCUUAUAAGCGGAAAGUUGAAAGAUAAUAGUUUCGGUCGUGGUAGUUCAAUGCCACAAUGAACCAGAUACCCUUAGCAAUUUGUUCACGAGAUACAUUGGCUGUCACUGCUGUCUGCAAGGUCGACAACUUUAAUGUUUGGGGUCCAAUGAAGUGCUUUCUCUUCGUCAUCUCGAGCCCCUCGAAGGUAUGAAUUCUAGUUCUUCAUCUUUCUAAGUUUUCAGCUGUUUCAAUGAUUCAGGAUUUCAUUGAAUGGUAUUAUCUGAUUUAGAAAUGAAAUUGAGUCUUCAAAAAACUUGAAAUUGAAUCCAUGAGUUCAGGCUGUCAUAUAUAUGUUGGUGAAUAAGUAAAAAUCUGGAUCUUUUUCUUUUUGUUGGAAAAUUAACAGUGUAAUUUGGAUGUAUUCCACGUGUGAUGGUGCUUUGUUUUAUUUGGACUUUAUAGAAAGAUGAAUUCUAGAUGACCUUUUUUAUAGGUAAGCUUAUUCUUAUUAACCUAGUGCCACCAUAUUGUGCUGGAUAUCACAGAGGAGAUUAAAGUAUAAGUAAGCUCCCUAUUUUUCAGCCGAAAAGCUGCGGAAAUCGAUAAGAUCUCUACCCAUUUACCAUCUCCAUCUUACACCAAUAAUCUGGAGAAAGAAAGACUUCUUACUUUUAAGCUAUGAAUUAUUGGACAUCCUCUGGAUUUGCUUGCGAGAUAUCUCAAGUCUCUUUCUUUCCAAAUGAUCCCCUUAAACAGGGUGGGAUAGCAUACCAAAUCUAACUUAUGGCUUUGUUUAGUCCUUUCCUUGUCCAGCUAUGCAGUUGCUCCUGCUGUAUUAGGUGUUACUCAUCUUACUCCAUAUGUAGUAAGGAAGACAGCGCGACAGUUCGAUGCCUUUUGCAGUAUUGGAAUAAAUGAUUGCUAUCUUAAGCCAUCAUUCUUUUUUUUAUUUAUUACCGUGAUGUCCGGGCCAAUUUUUUGUGCACCUCGGCUAAUUCCACUGGAUCAGCAAUACGGUACCAAGGCUACCAGGCAACUCUGUCUACCAAGGCUAGGACAUAUGGAAAGAAUCAUCUAGUGUUUUUUUGUCUUCACUGAUCUUAAGCCACCAUUGUACAGAGGUAUGAUUCCCCUCCAUCGCAAUUUGCCAAGUCGGGGCUGCCUCAUAAGACACCACCUGACAUAAGCAAAGCCCCUUAAUAUAGAGCCUUGUUCCUCCAAAUUCUCUUCCAAGGCCAUUGACCGUGUUGAUCAGCAGUAUGUAGCAGAUUUUCUACACUGAAUUUUUGUUUUAUAGUGAGUGAUGAAUACUCGAAGUUGGGCUUAUAUGAUCUUGUUGCGCAACUGAAAUUUCAUUGUUUUAUGCAACUCUUUCUUAUGCUAAAAGAACUGUCCUGAUUGAGGGCCUUCCACAAUUUGUUGGUUCGUUGAGUUAUUUUGCUAUCCCUCCCCCCCCCCCCCCCCCCCCGUCCCUUCCAUUUCCAACGCUUGCACAAAUUUUAUGAUCUUUUGAGACCAUGCAGUUUUGCUUGCUCUCUCUCUCUCUCACACACACACACACAGAGAUCCUUCUUGCUGUUUGCAAAAUCAUGAGGUAACUAGAUACACACCUCGUUGGGAAGAAUCUUUUAAAAAGAACAAACAACAUUCCUUCUUACUAAUAAUCGAGUCUCGUGUCUGACCAUUUUUUACUCUAGGUUGAAAGCCUGAUAUUAGAAGAACUUAAAAAGGUGUGAUCAUAGAGAGUUAAACCAUAUUGUCAAGCCUUUUGCUGAAGUAUGAGAAAAAGACACUUGAAUUAUCGGAUUCUCUGGAAAUAAGGACGGUGAGACUUGCUGUUUUGUUUUUCAUCUUUACGUAGGGAAGUUCUAUUAUAUUUCUUUAAGACUGGAAAUGAAGUUGCAAAUAAUUUUUCCUUGUUAGUCAUAGAAGUGGUUGAAAAAGCUCAUGAAAUUGAUUUGCAGAUGAUUAAUUACCCUUUUCACUUAAACAGGGAGACCUGGCCUCUCUUUUUACAGCUUUUUUAGUCCUGCCAACUUUUUGUAAGUUCAUGCACAGGUAUCUGAAGAGUCUCAAAGAGGCAGCGUUACCUGAUUUCACUUCGUAUGUGAAAGCUUCACGGGAAAACUAAAUAAGUACUACACUGAAACAUUUACUUGGAUCUCUUGAAAUUUUGAAAAGCAGGCUGUAGAGACUUCUACUGAAUUUUGCGCUUGCAAAUCAAAUUUGGAAAUUGGUCCAGGGAUGCAUCACAUUUCUGCUUCUCAUGUAAUCUCAACUGAACUUGUGAACAUACUGGAUGUCCUUUACAGAAUUCUCUCCUGAAGAGGAGGGUAGAAGUGAUGAACUAUUUAUGAGAGGUGUGUGCGCAAAACAUGUAAAUUGAGGUUUAAAUCAUUAGUAUAGAAUACUGUGAACAAUUAGAAUUUUUUAGGUACCUGAAAUGUCCCUCUCCAAUUUACUUUAUCAAAAAAGAGAACACAAGUCUCCAACUCUCCAAAUGAGGAAAGAUGAAGAAUGAAGCUUCUACAUCUUUUCUUUGCCCCAUUGGGUAGAAUGUUCAGUUUGUUUGCUCAGAAUUUACUUUUCCAUUGUCGCAAUGCAGUGAGCAAUAUUUCCAACUGCAUAUAAUAGGACAGAUAUCAUGAUGUGAGGAAUAAAAUCUCCAGAUAAAUACUUAUGAGCAAAAUGCUGGAUGUAAGCAGUUAUGAUAAGUUUCAGUUACCAUAUUAAUUGCA